CGCGUUUGCUUCUUUUACCCAAAGGGCUUUAAGGAUCUCCGUUCCACCCCAUCCAAGCGCCGAGACCCCAGAACAGCCUAUCCCUCUCCAUCUGGGCCGCCAUCGUCUGUGACAGGCUCCCGUCGUCAUGGGGAUGAAGAGCGCCCUGCUGGGCCUGGUGGGCGUGGCCCUCCUCCUCCACCUAUCCUCGGCCGGCCUGGUCAAGAAGGUGCUCCGCCACCGCCGGGAGGCCCUGGCUCCCCAGUCCCAGGAGAACUUCACGCUGCCCCACCCAGACCAGCCCGUGGUCUUCAACCACGUGUACAACAUCAACGUCCCGGCCGCCUCCCUCUGCUCCGUGGACCUGGACCCCCCCACCGGCGGCGGCAGCUCCGAGGGCAAGCACAAGAGGGCGCCGUCCGACGUCCAGAGCACCGAGCAGCUGGAGCAGACAAUGGACGGCGACAACCAGAUCGUGUUCACGCACCGCAUCAACAUCCCCAAGCAGGCCUGCGCCUGCAACAACAACAACCUGCCCGACAUCAAGGACAUCCUGAACCGGCUGGAGAUGCUGGAGUCAGAGCUGUCCGGCCUGAGGGAGCAGUGCAGCAGUGGGACGGCCUGCUGCGGAGCGCCAGUCACGGGCGAGGUGGCCACCAAGCCCUACUGCAACGGCCGAGGGAACUGGAGCAGCGAGACCUGCGGCUGCGUGUGCGAGGCGGGCUGGAAGGGACCCAACUGCACCGACCCCGAGUGCCCCAACGACUGCCAGGACCAGGGCCGCUGUCUGGACGGCAAGUGCGUGUGCUUCGAGGGCUUCGACGGGGACGACUGCAGCCUGGAGGUGUGCCUGCUGGACUGCGGCGACUACGGCCAGUGCACGGAGGGCUCCUGCCAGUGCGCGGAGGGCUUCAUCGGGGAGGACUGCUCCCAGACCAACUGCCUGAACAACUGCCUGGGCCGCGGCCGCUGCGUGGAGGACGAGUGCGUGUGCGACGAGCCCUGGACGGGGUACGACUGCUCCGAGCUCAUCUGCCCCAACGACUGCUACGACCGCGGCCGCUGCGAAAACGGCACCUGCUACUGCGACGAGGGCUUCAGCGGGGAAGACUGCGGCGACCUCACCUGUCCCAGCAACUGCAACAACCGCGGCGCGUGCGUGAACGGCCAGUGCCAGUGUCACGUCGGCUACGUCGGCGAGGACUGCUCCAAGCUCACGUGCCCCGACAACUGCAACGCGCGAGGGCACUGCUUCAACGGCAAGUGCAUCUGCGACCCGGGCUUCGAGGGCGAGGCCUGCGACAUCCUCUCCUGCCCGGACAACUGCAACCACAGGGGCAAGUGCGUGGACGGGCAGUGCGUGUGCGACGCGGGGUACCAGGGCGAUGACUGCGGAGACCUGUCCUGCCCCAACAACUGCCUGGACCGCGGCCGCUGCGUCAACGGCCAGUGCGUGUGCGACCGCGGCUUCGCGGGCGACGACUGCAGCGUCAAGACCUGCCCCAAGGACUGCAUGGGCCGCGGGGAGUGCGUGGACGGCAAAUGCGUGUGCCUGGAGGGCUUCACGGGCCCCGACUGCGGAGAGCUCACCUGCCCCAACAACUGCCUAGACCGCGGGCGGUGCGUCAACGGUCAGUGCGUGUGCAAAGAGGGCUUCGUGGGCGAGGACUGCAGUGAGAAGACGUGCCCCAACAACUGUAUGGAGAGAGGCUACUGCGUGGACGGGAACUGCGUCUGCUUCGAGGGCUUCACGGGGGAGGACUGCUCGCUGCUCACGUGCGCGGGGAACUGCCAGGACCAGGGCCAAUGCAUGAACGGAGUGUGCGUGUGCGACGAGGGAUUCGUCGGUGACGACUGCUCCGAAGUCUCACCCCCCAAGGACCUGACGGUGGUGCCUGUGAACCCCGAGACGGUGGACCUGUCCUGGGUCAACGAGAUGGUGGUGACGGAGUACCUGGUCACCUACACGCCCACCGCCAUGGGGGGUCUAGAGAUGGACCUGCGCGUCCCCGGGGACCAGAAGAUGGCCACCAUCAAGGAGCUGGAGCCCGGCGUAGAGUACCUGAUCAGCGUCUACGCCAUCCUGAAGAACAAGAAGAGCGUCCCCGUCAGCGCCCGCGUGUCCACACAUCUGCCCGAGCCCGAGGGCCUGAAGUUCAAGUCGGUGCGGGAGACCUCGGUGCAGGUGCAGUGGGACCCUCUGGACAUCCCCUUCGACGGCUGGAACCUCAUCUUCAGGAACACCAAAGAGGAGAACGGCGAGAUCCUGAACAGCCUGGGCCAGCCUGAGACCACCUUCGAGCAGUCGGGCCUGGGGCCGGGCCAGGAGUACGAGGUCAAGCUGGAGGUGGUGAAGAACAAGAACCGCGGACCGCCCGCCUCCAAGAACGUGGUCACCCGGAUCGACGCCCCCGGCCUGGUGAGCGUGCGCGACGUGACGGACACCACGGCCCUGGUGACGUGGUUCGAGCCCGUGGCCCAGGUGGACGGCGUGGCAGUGUCCUACGGGCCCAGCGCCGACGCCGCCGACCGGCAGGUGGUGGAGCUGGCGUCCUCCGAGACCCAGCACCACCUGGGAGGGCUGCGCCCCGACACCCAGUACCAGGUGGCGCUCGCCGCCAAGAAGGGAGACGUGCUGAGCGUGCCCGUCUACGAGACCUUCCUCACAGACCUGGACGCGCCCAGGGACCUUCAGACCCUGGAGGUGACGGACGAGAGCCUCACGUUGGAGUGGAGGAACAGCGCCGCCCCAGUGGACAACUACCGCAUCAAGUACGGCACGCUGUCAGGGGGCGAGCACGGAGAGCUGCUGUUCCCCCCCGGCGCCGGAGCCAACACCCGGGCCAAGAUCACAGGCCUGAGACCGGGCACCGAGUACGGCAUGGGGGUCACCGCCGUGAAGGAGGAGCGCGAGAGCUCGCCCACCACCACCAACGCCGUCACAGCCCUGGACGCCCCCAGGGACCUGCGCGUGGUGGGGGUGACGGAGACCACCAUGUCCCUGGAGUGGAGGCGGCCCAUGGCCAAGCUGGACGCCUACAGGCUGGUGUGUGUGUCCCCCGACGGCCACAAGGCGGAGGUGACGGUGCCUGGCAGCGCCGACACCCACACCCUGAGGGGCCUGAGCCCCGGGACGCUGUACACCAUCAGCAUCGCCGCCGAGAGGGGCCGGCGCACCAGCACGCCCACCACCGUCUCCGCCCCCACAGAGGAGGAGAAGCCCGUGGUGACGGCGGUCACGGUGAGCGAGGUCACAUGGGACGGCUUCACGCUGUCCUGGCGCGCCGACGACGGCGCCUUCGAGGGCUUCCUGGUGGAGGUGACGGACGCCGAGACGGGCGCCGAGUGGCGCAACCACACGGUCGCCGGCGACGGCCGCAGCCUGGCGGUCACGGGGCUGUCGCCCGUCACCUGGUACCGAGCCAACGUCUACGGCGUGUGGCGCGGCGCCCAGAUGGAGCCCGUCCACGCCGACACCAUCACAGAGUCCGAGCCCGAGGUCCAGUCCCUCCUCGUGACGGAGGUGGGCCCGGACCGGUUCACCCUGACCUGGGAGGCGGAGGAGGACUCCUUCGACACCUUCGUGGCCAUGGUGCGCGGCGUGGGGCUGAGCGGCCCGCAGGAGCGCGUCCUGGCCGGCGAGGACCGGAGCGCCGCCUUCCCGGACCUCAGGGAGGACACCGAGUACGAGAUCGAGCUGUUCGGUCUGGUCGCCGGGCGGCGCUCCAAGUCGCUGACCGCCGUGGCGCAGACAGAGCUGGGCACACCCACGGGGAUCCGCUUCUCGGACGUCACCGACACGUCGGCCAUGGUGCACUGGAUGGUCCCGCGGGCGCGCGUGGACAGCUACCGCGUCACCUAUGUGCCCGCCCACGGAGGGAGUCCCCGGAGCGUGACGGUGGACGGAGGGGAGUCGUCCACGGUGCUGUCCAACCUCACCCCAGGGGUCAUGUACCACGUGGCCGUCAUCGCCUCCAAGGCCUCCAGGGAGAGCGAGCCCGGCUCGGACACCGUCACCACCGCUCUCGACAAGCCGCGAGGUCUGACUGCGGUCAACAUCUCCGACACCGGAGCUCUGCUGCUGUGGCAGCCCGCCAUCGCUACCGUGGACGGCUACAUCAUCACCUACAGCGCUGACACCGCGGCGUCGGUGAUGGAGCGCGUGUCGGGCAACAUCGUGGAGUUUGAGAUGAACUCGCUGGUGCCGGCCACCCACUACACGGUGAAGGUGUACGCCAUGAGGGAAUCGGCCAAGAGCGCCGCCACCUCCACAGACUUCACCACCGACGUGGACACGCCCACGGACCUGACGGCCACCAACGUCCUGACGGACAGCGCCCAGCUCACCUGGACCCCCCCCCGUGCUGACAUCACCGGAUACAUCCUCAGCUUCCAGUCCACCGACGGCACCGUCCGGGAGGUGGUCCUGAGCCCCACCGCCACCUCCUACAGCAUGACGGUGCUCAGCGCCUCCACAGAGUACUCCGUCAGGCUGCAGGCCAUCGCAGGGCCCAAGAGGAGCAGCAUCGUCUCCACCCUCUUCACCACCACGGGCGUGCUCUACACCCACCCUAAGGACUGCUCCCAGGCCCUGCUGAACGGGGACACGACGUCGGGCCUGUACACCCUCUACCUGCUGGGGGACCAGAGCCAGCCCAUCCAGGUGUACUGCGACAUGACCACGGACGGGGGCGGCUGGAUCGUUUUCAUCCGACGCCAGAGUGGCAAACUGGAGUUCUUCAGGAACUGGAAGAACUACACGGCUGGGUUCGGAGACAUGAACGAUGAGUUCUGGCUUGGUCUCUCCAACCUCCACAAGAUCACAGCAGGGGGGCAGUACGAGCUGCGCGUGGACCUGCGGGACAAGGGAGAGUCGGUGUACGCCCAGUACGACAAGUUCUCCGUGUCGGAGCCCCGGACGCGCUACAAGGUCCACGUGGGCGGCUACAGCGGCACCGCAGGUGACUCCAUGAUCUACCACCACGGCCGUCCGUUCUCCACGUACGACAACGACAACGACAUCGCCGUCACCAACUGUGCGCUGUCCUACAAGGGGGCCUUCUGGUACAAGAACUGCCACCGGGUCAACCUCAUGGGUCGCUAUGGCGACAACAGCCACAGCAAGGGCGUCAACUGGUUCCACUGGAAGGGCCACGAGCAUUCCAUCGAGUUCGCCGAGAUGAAGAUCCGACCGGCCAACUUCCGGAAUCUGGAGGGGCGGAGAAAACGAUCGUAGAUGCCUCCACCCCCCCUCGCCACCUCCCCAU